AUGGGGUUGAUAUCGGGAAUGGUGAUGGGUAUGGUUUUCGGGAUCGGGCUGAUGGCGGGCUGGAAGUAUAUGAUCAGCCAUAGAAGCAGUAAGCGUAUCGCUAAGGCAGUUGCUACUAAACAAUUGAGCUCACUCAACAGGGAUGAUAUAAAGAAGAUAUGCGGCGAAAGCUUUCCACAGUGGAUAUCGUUUCCUGUUUUUGAGCAGGUGAAAUGGCUGAACAAACAACUGAGCAAACUUUGGCCAUUUAUUGCAGAUGCUGCAGAGGCUAUCAUAAAAGACACUGUUGAACCGUCACUGGAAGAAUAUCGACCUCCAGGAAUUACUUCUCUCAAGUUCAGCAAAUUGUCUCUUGGAACUGUGGCGCCUAAAAUUGAAGGGAUUCGAGUCCAGAGUCUUAAGCAAGGUCAAAUCACAAUGGAUAUUGACCUCAAAUGGGGCGGUGAUCCUAACAUCGUUCUAGCUGUUCAGGCAGCACAUGUUGCUUCUAUACCCAUUCAGCUAAAGGAUCUUCAAGUUUUCACUGUAGUCCGGGCUAUUUUCCAACUUGCGGAUGAAAUCCCUUGCAUCUCUGCAGUUGUUGUUGCUCUUCUUGCUGAGCCAAAGCCACAAAUUGAUUACACUCUGAAGGCAAUUGGUGGAAGCUUAACGGCUAUUCCUGGCAUUUCAGAUAUGAUUGAUGAUACUGUUCAAACGAUCGUAACAGAUAUGCUGCAAUGGCCCCACAGGAUAGUUAUUCCUCUCGGUGGCAUACCUGUUGAUCAGAGUGAGUUGGAACUUAAGCCUGUGGGAAAGAUUGCAGUAACAGUGAUGAAGGCGAACGACCUUAAAAACAAGGAGUUGAUCGGGAAAUCCGACCCAUAUGUGGUCGUGUACAUACGUCCGCUGUUUAAAGUCAAAACAAAAGUCGUGGACAACAAUCUCAAUCCUGUUUGGAACGAGACAUUCGAGUUAAUCGCAGAAGACAAAGAGACACAAUCUCUCAUUUUCGAGGUACUUGAUGAAGAUAUUGGGGACGACAAGCGGCUGGGCAUUGCAAAGCUGCCUUUAAUCGAGCUAGAAGCCGAAAUGCCUAAAGAGUUUGAGUUGAGGCUGCUUCCAUCACUCGAUAUGCUCAAAAUCAAAGAUAAGAAAGACAGAGGGACUUUAACUAUUCAGGUUCUGUAUCACGAGUUCAACAAGGAAGAGCAACUAGCGGCCCUUGAAGAGGAGAAGAUAAUAUUGGAAGAGAGGAAGAAGCUCAAGGAAGCCGGCGUGAUUGCCAGCACGGCGGAUGCCCUCGACGGGGCGGCAUCCCUCGUCGGCUCCGGCGUGGGCAUGGUCGGAACCGGCAUUGCCGGCGGGGUGGGCCUCGUUGGCAGUGGGCUCGGGGCAGUCGGGAGCGGGCUGAGCCGGGCUGGGAAGUUCAUGGGGAGGACCAUAACCGGGCAUUCUGGUGGGUCCCGGCGGAGCGGGUCGUCCACGCCCGUCAACUCCGUCCAGGAGAAUGGCGGCGCGAAGCCACGGCACACUUGA